AUGGCAGACGAGAACGAAGAGAACGAAACCAUGGAAACGGCGGAAACGGUUCCAAGGGAGAAAACUCCUGAGGAAAUAGCGGACUUGAAUCGCAAGUAUAAUAAACGUAAGGCUCUAAUCAAGGCCUUUGAUCGUGAAUUCGAGGGGGUUGAGGACAUUCUCUCCAAAGAAACCCCUAACAAGGCGGAACAAAUUCUGGCAGAGGCCAGUCUUGAAGAACUUAAGAACAUAUUCGACAACGAAUAUGAAUUAAAUAACGAUAUCGAAGCGGAACUCGAUGGCGGCGAAUUCAUCAUUGAAAUGGAUAACAUUAUCGUGCGGCGGAGUCAUGAGCGAAGACGUCUCAUGCGUGUAAAACUGUUCGUUGAGGAUUUCAAGGAGCACGCAAAAGCGGAAACAAAGAGGGAGAAACGGGACGGCACACCUUCGUCGGCAAAAACGGCAAGGUUGCCAAAACUAAGGCUUCCCAUAUUUGAUGGGACAUUCACAAAAUGGACAGCCUUCUGGGAGACAAUGGAAGCAGACGUGAUAAACGGUAACUUUUCGGAUAUUACAAAAUUUAGUUAUAUCCUAGGGCAAUUAAAGGGACCAGCGCUGGAUGCGGUCACAGGCAUCCACGCGACGGGAGAUAACCUCGAGACGCUGACGACAACACUAAAGGAGAGGUUCGGGCAACAACGGAAAAUUGUCCGAGCUCACGUGUGCAGCAUUUUCGACUUGGAGCCACCCGGACAUAGCUACGCAGCACUGAGCCAGUUCUACAACCACGUCAUGGGAGACAUCAGAUCGCUCAACAACCUGGGCAUCGACACGGAAGAAUGUGCGGCGUUCAUCAUCCCAACGAUGGAGAGGAAGCUGCCGAGACAGUUCCAGGACAAGAUGGGGACCAGCGGACAGGACGGAGCCUUCAACCUGAAGGCGUUUUUAGAAACUUUCGUAAAGCACCUGAACAAUCUAGGAGAACGUUUCAGUAGUGAAAAUCGCGAGAAAACCAAACCCGCUGAAAGUGCGAACCGGAAACCCAUCUCUGCCGCAACCUUAGUGUCCAACAACGGGACAAAACCAAAAUCAUGCGUGUUCUGCGAUGGAGACCAUUUUCCAUCAAAUUGUACAAAGGGUGAUUCGGAUCGAUUCGCGGUGGUCAAAGCCAAGCGCUUAUGUUUCAAUUGUCUCCGACCGCACUCUGCCAGGAAUUGCAGCAAUCGCAAAAAUUGCAACGUCUGUAAUCGCAGACAUCAUUCAUCUCUGCAUAAUCACUUUGCUCAACAUUUUGGCGCGACGAAUGCUGGUGAACAGCAAGGCGGUUCUAGUACUACUCAAACAUGUGCGAUACCGCGUGAAAAAUCACGGUGUCCAGUAGGCCUAUCCGGUGCAGGCCUAUGCGACAAAUCAGAGUCGGGAAGUGUCGUAAAAUUAGAAUCCAAUAAGUUGGAUAGGCCUAACGGAUCGGAACGCAAAACUAGGCCUAUAGAUCCUGCUGCUGUAGCAGCUGAGACGGCAGAAAACAACAAAAUUGUUUUGUUGGAAACGGGUCGUGUCACCUUAGAAAAUGGUGAUGCACAAAUUAAGGCAGGGGUACUCAUAGAUCGGGGCAGCAUGCUGUCAUACAUUCGCAAAGAUACGGCUGUAAAAUUAAAACUCCAGCCACACGGUAAGCAGUACCUAAAUGUCAACGGUUUCGGGGGUCAUGUAAGCAAACGGUGCUACGACAUGGCAUCGGUUAAUGUAGCUACUAAUGAAGGGCCGAAGGUCAUGGAUGUCUUAAUCACAGAUGAAAUUGUGAAGCCGAUAAACCAAAGCGGAUGGAAAAAAUGUUUGAAUCAUGAUUACAUAAAGGAAUUACCCCUAGCGGACAAUCUUGGUGCCAAAACUGGCAAAUUAACCAUAGAUUUACUCAUAGGAUGCGAUAGUGCAUAUUUGUUCUUGGAAAAUCGCAUUAUCACGGGAAAACGUGGUCCCACUAUACAGUUUUCAAACAUCGGUUGUUUCUUGUCAGGCCCAUUAGAAAUAAUCCAAGGGGAUAGCGCUGAUGCCACGACCGCCGUGGUCGGCCAAGGUGAUAACGAAAGUGAGGAUCGGGAGGCGGAAUUGUUGAAAACUUACAUGGAAUCAAUAACGGUCAAAAAUGACGAAGGAAGCGAUGGUAAGUACGAUGAUCAAUUCCUCUCAAACUACCUUGAUAAAAUGCAAUUCAAAGAAGGUCAUUAUUAUGCUCCACUCCCCUGGAAAGAUGACUACCCGGAGUUAAAAACCAACGUGGACGCCUGUAGGUCCCGCCUCAAUCAGGUUACAUCUAGGCUUAGAAAAUUGAAUCUUGCUGAUCAAUACAUGAAAGUAAUGCAAGAAAAUCUUGAUAAGGGGUAUGUCUCAGAGAUCAGUGAUGCACAGGCCUUAAAAGAAUCAGAUUGUCACUUCAUGCCACAUUUUCCGGUAUUGAGAGAAAGCGCAACCACUCCUGUUAGAAUAGUGUUCGAUGCUAGUUGUGGUUCGCCAUCAUUAAAUGAUUGUUUACACGGUGGGCCAAAUAUGACACAAGAUCUGGUAAGGUUGUUGAUGUUAUUUCGGACGGGAAAGUAUGCUAUCAGUGCAGAUCUGGCCCGGGCUUUCUUAUCGGUUAGGUUGCUCGAGUCGGACCGGAAGUAUGUGCGUUUUUUGUGGUACAAAGACAACGACAUGACGAAAGAAGUUGUGCCGUAUACCUGCAACACAGUCAUCUUUGGUAAUGUCAGUAGCCCAUUUGCCUUGGCAGUCACCUUGCAUAAACAUCUGACUCAGUACAACACACCUGUAUCACUAGACAUGUUGGCAAAGACAUACGUUGAUAAUUUGUUGUCAGGGGUCGGCUCAGAAUCGGAAGCCUUGAAGUAUUGCCAUGAAGCUAGAGAAAUCAUGUCUUCGGCAGCUUUUGACUUACGGCAAUGGGCCACAAACUCGGAAAAACUGAAUGAGAAAAUACACGAAGACGGUACAAAUGCAAAAGCAGGUCCACAAAAUGUCCUUGGCUUAAAAUGGCAUUGUGUCAGGGAUGAGCUUUCGGUUAGCGAGAAACGAUUUGAAAAGGACAAGGUCCACACAAAAAGAACGGUAGUCUCAGAGACUUCUUCGAUUUUCGAUCCUCUUGGUCUUGUGGGUCCAAUGGUUGUGCCAGCUAAAGCGUUCGCAAACAAACUGUGGGUUGAGAGUAAGUCUUGGGACGAGCAUCUGACUGAGGAUCAGAAACAUGAGUGGAAUGACAUUCGGGUGUCAUUACAAAGAGCGGAUGAGAUGAAAUUUCCAAGAUGGUUGAAUCUUGAAUCAGAUAAUCAGUUGGAAAUCAUUGUGUUUUGUGAUGCAUGCCCAACUACGGCAAUCGGGUGUGUAGCAUAUGGUAAGCAAGGCAACCGGGUCACAUUGCUGGGUUCUAAGAACAAGGUGGUAUCGCAGAAAAACAACAAUCUGACGGUACCAAAAUUAGAAUUGCAGGUAUGGUGA